AUGAUCGACGCCAUUAAAAAAUGCGAGAAUAAUAGUGGGUUUGUGGUUGCCACAGUGGAAUCGUUUAGGCCGAAUUGGCUUGGGAAAAUCAAAUCCGAGAUGCAGUUGUGGUCGAAGGGCGUCGAGACGAAGUGGGCCAUGACUGGGUGCACGGUGAUAGCGGGGACGUGGGCGGAUGAAAACUCGAGGGCUCUGAUCAAUUUUCUCGUUUCGUCUCCUUCUGGAACCUUCUUCCACAAGUCGGUGGAUGCCUCUCUGUACUAUAAGAGCGUGAAGUACCUCUCAGAGCUGUUCGACUCGGUGAUUCAGGAUUUCGGGGCUGAGAACGUGGCAAACCAGCCCACACAUAAAGGACACUCAAAUUGGAUUCGAGCUGCUGAACUGCUAAACGACGUCGUCGAGGGAGGUGAAGGAGUUGGCACUGCAGAGAAGAGAGUCGAGGGCCUCCACAAUUUGAUGGUCGGCAACUGCCAUGCCCAGCAGCGGCACUGA